ACUCGCCGUUGGGCAUCAAGAUCGUUGACAUACAAGUUGCAGAAGCAGACAUGAAAAGAGCUGUAUCAGGCUCCCAAGGAAGAAGAUGAGACUCCUUUUAUUUGUAAUAAUUUGCCAGUGUGCCAUAAACAGUGUCGAUACCCACCAUGCUUCAAAUCCCAAUGUCAUUUUACUGAUGGCUGAUGAUCUUGGUAUUGGAGACCUUGGAUGUUAUGGGAACAGAACCUUAAGAACCCCUAAUAUUGACAAGCUAGCAGAGGAAGGAGUGACACUUACUCAGCACAUAGCAGCAUCCCCACUUUGUACUCCAAGCAGGGCAGCUUUCCUGACAGGGCGAUAUCCUAUCAGAUCAGGAAUGUCCGCCUUCUCACGAGUUGGUGUCUUCUUAUUUUCCGCCUCUUCUGGGGGACUUCCUUCUGAAGAAAUAACUUUUUCCAAACUCCUGAAGCAGAGAGGUUAUGCAACAGCUCUAAUAGGAAAGUGGCAUCUUGGGAUGAACUGUGAAAGUAGUAAUGACUUCUGUCACCACCCCCUCAGUCAUGGAUUUGAUUACUUUUAUGGGCUUACCGUGACCAAUUUUAGAGACUGCAAACCUGGCCAAGGCAGCGUGUUUUUAAAAGGGGUCCAGAAAUCCCUUGUCAUCCCAAUCCAAAUUGCUGGAAUCACCCUGGUCUCUUUGGCAAUAGUACAGUACAUUGGUCUCCUCAAAGUACCUUUCCAAGCAUUGGCUUACUGCUUGUUAAUAACCGCUAUUUCACUUGCGGUUUUGAUCUUUUUCUUUUAUCAUUUUCGACACCUGAACUGCUUCUUAAUGAGGGACCAUCAGAUUAUCCAGCAACCACUAUCCUAUGAGAACCUUACUCAGAGACUGACAAAGGAAGCCGUGCAGCUUAUAGGAAGGAAUACUGAUGCACCAUUUCUUCUUGUCCUGUCUUAUCUUCAUGUCCAUACCGCUCUAUAUGCUUCAGAAAGUUUCAGAGGAAAAAGCAAGCAUGGUUUAUAUGGGGAUGCAGUGGAGGAAAUGGACUGGAGUGUAGGGCAGAUUCUGGAUGUGCUGGAGAAAUAUAAUCUGAGUGAUAAAACUCUUGUAUACUUUACGUCUGACCAAGGGGCUCAUGUUGAAGAAAUCUCCAGUUUUGGAGAAGUCCACGGAGGAUACAAUGGCAUAUAUAAAGGUGGAAAAUCAAUGAACUGGGAAGGAGGUAUUCGUGUGCCAGGGCUUCUCCGUUGGCCUGGAGUCAUACAAGCUGGUGCCUAUAUUGAUGAGCCAACAAGUAACAUGGAUAUAUUUCCUACCAUAGUCAAACUUGCCGAGGCACAGUUACCCUCUGACAGAAUUAUUGAUGGACAUGACCUGAUGCCCUUACUUCAAGGAAAAGUUACCCGAUCCAAGCAUGAAUUUCUCUUCCAUUAUUGUAAUGCAUAUUUAAAUGCAGUGCGCUGGCAUCCAGGAAACAGCGAAUCUGUCUGGAAAGUCUUCUUCUUCACUCCAAACUUCAGUCCUGAAGACUCCAAUGGUUGCUACGAUUCUCAUGUUUGCUUCUGCCAUGGAGGAUUCAUCACACGGCAUGAUCCCCCACUGCUCUUCGAUCUUUCCAGAGACCCUGAAGAGAGAGUCCCGCUGACUCCAGAAACGGAGAGCCAUUUCUAUGAAAUCCUCAGGGUCAUACACCUAGCAGUAGACAAUCACACCAGAUCCCUGCAUGCUGUCCCUGACCAGCUGUCGUGGGACAACCUUCUCUGGAAGCCGUGGCUCCAGCUGUGCUGCUCAUCUCUCUUUCAGUCUUGUUACUGUGACUAUGACUCAGAAGGGAGUCUGUCAGAGGUGCACCCAGGAUAAACAAGCUGCAAUUCCCUUUCAGAAACUGGAACAAGAGAGUGUAGGUAGCUGACUUGAACCACCGCAGUACUAGCCUUCAGAAGAUUUUGUUAUAUAGGAGGACCUGGCUUUAAAUACAUCAUUGCAGUAGAAGAUAAUUUUGGUCAAGAAAAUGUGCCAAGAGAAGGAGGGCAAGACACACCUUUUCUGUCUUUAUAAUACAAGAAUCAGUAUGAAGCAUAUGUUGCCGUCCUCAUCUACAAAUGGGUAGGCUGUAGGCAUUUUCUAGAUGAGAUCAUUUUCUACAUCUUCAGCUUCAGAUUUUUUCUUACACAGCAAGGAAUUUACCUACAGUUUCUGUCAAUUACAACCACUAAAUGCACACUUUCCUGUCCUUUUUGCUAAGUAUUACCCACCGUUAGUAGGACAUAGCACUGAGUAAUUAAAAAUAGAGAGAUAAUAGUGGAGAGGUCUACCUGUGACUAUAAUUUGAUAACUCACAGAUAGGUAAGAAGCAGACCUGUAACAGCAUCUCUAUCAACAAGCAUCACGGAUAUGAAAUAAUAAACAGAUUGCCAACAAUCUAACAUUGCGUGUGCCAUAAAAAUGUAGAGAGCUAUGUAGCAGAAGACCUUGCGUCCACAUUAAAAUGGUGCUCCCUAGCUGCCUAUUGCAUGGCAGCAACCUUUGUUUCAAAAGGAAGCCACUUCAAGUGCACCAGUCAUAUACCUGAGUGUGUACCAUAAGUCUCCAUAUAUAUAUAUAUGCAAGCCAAAUUCAUAACCCCCCAAAACCCACAAAUCCUUCAAUCUCUGAUACAGACACACCCGUACAGUCAUAUGAAUGAUUGCUAAAAUGAAAUAUUUGGUCCAUACUUGAUAUCUGAGUUCGAAAUUCACAUGAUACUACAAAGAUAUCUUUAUCUAUCUAUCUACCAUACCUAUUCUACCACUGAUGAAUGUAGUGCACAUCACAAAUAAACAAAAUUUGGUCUUCCUUUAAAUAUCUUUGCCAUCAUUUAAACUCUCUGAAUAGGAUCUACCAUUUUCUGAGAAAAAAAUUGGGCUUGAGCACUUGAAGCCAAAUAUAACUGUCUCUGAGUUUUUAGCAAGGCCUUGGGAAAUCUAGAGUACUUCAGGGCUAAUUUCUGUAUCCAUUUUUAUCUGCAUCUUAUUCAGUCACAUUUUCUUUCCACUCUACAGGCAGGCAAGCUAUUUUCUUUGGCAGAUUGUACCAGAGGAAAACAUAUCAGCAAAAUACUAAAAUGAUUUGAUGCCUGAUAAUAGAAGGUGACUUGCUCCUUAUCAGAAAAUGCUAGUUAAUUCCAACAUUAUAAUGUUUUAAAAUCUGUUUGGUGGUAUAAGCACAUCACUAAUGCAAAAGUGAUCUGUGACAAUAGUAAUGCAAUAGCUUCAGUCAGCCAACAUUAAGGUUGUGACCUGGUUCUUGGGAACUAUUGAAGCCUGUCCUAUAAAAAUAUAUUGUGAUCUAUGGUAUUUUUCUCUGUCUGUAAAACCUAGGCUUUAUUUGAUUUUUCUGCUGCAGUUUCAUUCAAAAUUUCAUUGUCAACAAUAUCCAGAUGCCUGUCCUGGGAAAUGUUGUGGUCUUUCCUUGAAGUGCUAUUUUUGAUGUUUCACCUUGUGUUCAUGAUUGUGUAUCUUAAGUAUGUGCUCUGCAAGCUGUCUGUAGGUAGCAAAGUCCUGUGUAUGCUGAUAAAGUUAGUCUGUUCAGGUAUUUCCACCACUCAGGACUGUUUAUAUUGUACCUGGAAAUCUGUCAGAUGGCCAUUCAUGUGGCAUAAUUCCCUUUUUGCUUUACUUAAUUACUGAAUGUACUACAUACAUAAACUUAGGUAGAAAGAUGCCUGCAGUUUGAAUACAAGUACUGUUCUGCAGUGAUCAGUGGCUGCCUCUCGACAUCGUGGCAGGAUCCAUGCAUCCCAAAUUUUUGGUCCUCACCACGUGGCCCAAAAACCCCUUGGGUCAUGGCGCUGGUGCCUCCGUGCCUCCCCUUGCAGUGGGUAGGCAGCCCAGGCUGCAGCCAGGGUUCCAGCUGCCCUGGCACUAAGCACUGCGGUACAGGGGGAUGUUCUCUCCAGCUCCCACAGCUCUGCUGCAGCUUACACAAAACUUUUCAAGCAAAUAUUCCUGCUGAUGGGUACGGGAGAAAAUAUGUUGUGUGUUAGGUAAACAGCAGUAACUCAGACAAGGUCUUUUGUGUCAUUGGAUCUGUUUUGUUCCCACAGUUGCUAGGCUGUGACCUUAACAGGGACCUCAAUUUAUAUUAUCAAGGACAUCCACAUCAACUUCUUUUCAUUAGGAAGAUGCUAUGUUCCCAUUAUUUCUUUUCUUUCUGCAGGUGCAAGAAUUGUUUGUUCUGUUAGGCACAGCAGCUGUUCUGUGCUGCCUGACUGAGGUAUCAAAAAUGGUAAUUUUUCUACUGCUCUGAUUUCUUCUUGCCUGAAUAUGGCCUUUCUUUUAUACCCUCCUUGGCUUUGGUUCCAUCUCUCUAAUCUCCUUUCUUAAAAUGUCCACACACCUCAAAUAAAUGCACUUUUUCACCUAUUUCUUUGCCACUCAGUCCUCCUAUUUGCUUGUUAUAUUGAUCGCGAUGGCUAUUUUGGCCUAAUCAAUCAGAAAAUGAAAAGUGGUCUGUGAAAAGAUUCGACUUUUAGGGCUCCAUGACUCUGCUAACCUCCUACUUAUUUAAGGUCUGGCAAGGAUUAACUUUGCAUUAUGAAAUCUAAGAAAUUAAAACACACCCAAGACA